AUGGUGGAGAAGAAACGGAACGGGUACAACAUUCUGAUCGUGGUCUUCGUGGCCCUGGGUUCUUUUGCUUUCGGCUACUCGAACACGAUAGUAGUGAUAGGAGCAGUGUUUGCAGCUUGGGCUACCGAAUCUCUUGGUCGGAAGAAGUCAAUAUUUAUUGGUGCCUUGACCGCAACAAUUGGUGGUGCUCUCCAAGCAGGCUCCGUUGCACUGGCUAUGUUCUUGGUAUUCCGAUUUGUCAACGGUUUUGGCGUUGGGAUGCUGCUACCUUUGGUUCCACUGUAUCAAAGUGAAGUAUCCCCACCUCAUUCGAGAGGCUUGAUGGUGGGCUUCCAUGGGAUAUUUGUAACUGUCGGUUAUGCCUCCGCGAGCUGGGCCGGGUACGGGUUUUAUUUUGUCAAUGCAAGUGGAGCGCAAUGGAGACUUCCCUUGGCGAUUCAGGCUAUCCCUGCUCUCUUCUGCGCGCUUGGGAUACUAUUUCUGCCCGAAUCGCCCCGGUGGUUGAUAUCCUGUCAACGAGAAGGUGAAGCACUGAGAGUAGUGCAGAGACUGCACCGAGAUGAGACCGACCCCAACGAUAUCUUUGCUUUCAGGGAGUAUCAGCAAAUGGUCCAGCAAUACGAGAUAGAUAAGAGCAAUGAGGUUUCGUGGAAGGAAGUGUUUGUGAAGCCGUCGUACAGAAAGAGAGUCAUUAUUGGCGCAAUAGUCAUGUUUGGUUCCCAAACAACAGGGACCACUGUGAUUGCAAAUUAUGGCCCACAACUAUACAGCGCUCUGGGCUAUGGCACAACAAUGCAGCUACUCUUCUCUGGAUGUUAUGCCAGUAUCGCACUCGCCGGGAAUUUCUUCAACGCUUUCACCAUCGAUUACAUCGGACGAGUUAAUGCGCUGAAGAUUGGAUGGAUUGGAGAUGCGGUUUCACUUGUCGGAGAAUGCAUCGCACUCAGUAUCUUUGAACGAACUGGCUCGCAAAGUGCAGCUGUGGCAAGCGUCUUCUUCCUCUUCUCGCACAUUGCCCUUUUUGCGUUCAACAUUGACGUUACAACAUAUGUAUACACGUCGGAGAUCUUCCCUAAUCAUAUUCGAGCUAAGGGCAUGUCGGCUUCAAUCGUUGCCUACUUCGCAUCACUCAUCAUUUAUUUGGAAGUGGCUCCGACAGCCUUUGCAGAUAUUGGUUGGAAGUUCUAUCUUAUCUUCCUGAUCGCGCUCGUUUGUUUCAUCAUCCCGUUGUUCUUUUACUUUCCAGAAACAAAGGGACACUCGCUUGAAGAGAUUGCCCGCCUUUUCGACGACGAGACAACUACCGUCAGACUUGAUGCUCCAGAAUCCAACGACGGCGGAAAAGAGAUAGUGGUGGAAAAGUAG